AUGCACGACGGAGAAGAAGAACCUUGCAGUUACUUGCACACUUUGUAUCUCAACGGUUCCCCCGGCUCUUGUCGGUCUGCCCAGCAUCGGAUGACUCAGCCGCGACUACACACAGAAAGGGUUCAUUCCCAGUGGUACGGAGGACGGAGUACCGGCACAAAUAACAAAUACCACGUCCAGGUUGUUAAUUGCGGUGACACUGAUGAUGAUGACAGGAGGCUGCAGUUGAAACUAUUUGCUGCGAGGCAUCAAAAUGCAUUCAGGGAUAUGUACGGGGUAGUAUAUCAGAACCCUUCAGAGUUAUUGGUUUAA